CCGCCAGGCGAAACCCGGUUCUUGGCGCGGACUAGGGGACCCGAAACCUGGAUGUCUCUGCGGCCUUUACCUUGCCCCGCUCCUCCACUGCCCGCUGCCCAGUAAUUGAGCACCAGCCUUGCGGGACCCGGCCGGCCACAGGUCAAGAUGGGGUUUAUAUUCUCAAAAUCUAUGAACGAAAACAUGAAAAACCAACAGGAGUUCAUGCUUAUGAAUGCUCGACUUCAGCUGGAAAGACAGCUAAUGAUGCAGAACGAAAUGAGAGAAAGACAAAUGGCCAUGCAAGUUGCUUGGUCUCGGGAAUUCCUCAAAUAUUUUGGAACAUUUUUUGCCAUUGCAGCCAUCUCUUUAACAGCUGGAGCAAUAAAAAGGAAGAAGCCAGCCUUCCUCUUCCCUAUCAUUCCAUUAGGCUUUGUCCUCACCUACCAGUAUGACUUGGGCUAUGGAACCCUUCUACAAAGAAUGAAAGGUGAAGCUGAGAACAUAUUGGAAAAAGAAAAAAAUAAGUUACAGCUGCCAAAAGGAAUGAUUACUUUUGAAAGCCUUGAAAAAGCCAGAAGGGAACAAAGUAAAUUCUUCAUAGACAAAUGAUAUCAUGUUUACCCACUGAAACUCAAAACACAAAAUUGUUGACUUGAAUAAUGGUUUUCACAAUUGUUUAAGUUUUCAAGAUUUUGAUAUAUUGGAUUUUAUUUUAAAAUAUUAAAAUGUAAGAUCAGGUUUGUUAAACUAUUUUGAAAUAAAAUUUAUAAUAUUCAACAAAAAAAGGAGGUACUCUAAGUAACUUUUAGAUUUCCCAUAUAUGUAUAUUAUAAAUAUGUAAAUAUAAAGUUAAUAAACUAUAUUGUUUUGAACUCCUG